AAACCAAAAAAAAAAACCCAUGGUUGGAGGGAUGAUUUUCCAUUUAUAAGUAAAAACAAGAAGAGAGCAAGAGCUCAAGAGUGUGUGAAGAUUUGAAGGAAUAUGGAGAAGGAAAAGAGAACCCACAAAUCUCACUGCAUAGCCCUCCCAUAUCCAAGCCAAGGCCACAUAAACCCUAUGCUCCAAUUCUCCAAGCGUUUGGUACACAAUGGGGCCAAAGUCACACUGGUUCCUACAUGCUUCAUCUCCAAGUCCUUGCUCGGAGACUCUGGUCCCAUCACCAUUGAGACCAUCUCUGAUGGAUAUGAUGAAGGUGGCUUCGCCCAAGCAGAAAGUGGUGGUGCCUACAUGGAGCGGUUUCGGGUGGUUGGCUCAGAAACCCUGGGCAGCCUCAUUGAGAAGCUCAAAAGCUCAGGGUGUCCAGUUGAUUGUGUUGUGUAUGAUGCAUUCUUGCCUUGGGCUCUUGAUGUUGCCAAGAAGUUUGGGCUUGUGGGGGCUGUGUUUUUCACUCAGUCUUGUACGGUCAACAACAUAUACUACCAUGUCCACCAGGGUAUGCUCACGCUUCCUCUUUCAGAGCCUGAAGUUGUGGUUCCUGGAUUGUUCCCUCUUCAAGCCUGUGACCUGCCAUCUCUUGUUUAUCUUUAUGGCUCCUACCCGGAUUUCUUCAACAUGCUUGUGAAUCAGUUCUCCAAUAUUGAGAAGGUAGACUGGGUGUUCUGCAACACCUUCUACAAGUUAGAGGAAAAGGUGGUGGAUUGGAUGGCGAAGAUCUGUCCGCUCAGGACAAUCGGCCCAACCCUUCCCUCUGCUUACUUAGAUAAACGGCUUGGAGAUGACAAAGACUAUGGCCUUAACAUGCUCAAGCCAGUCACAGGUGCCUGCAUGGAAUGGCUUGACAGUAAGCCUAAUGGAUCCGUUGUUUACGCCUCAUACGGGAGCUUCGCAAAGCUAGAACCCGAGCAAAUGGAGGAAUUAGCUUGGGGUUUGAGGAGGAGCAAUGCCUACUUCUUGAUGGUGGUCAGGGAAUCUGAGCAGGCCAAACUGCCUCAAAAGUUCAAGGAGGAGACAGCAGAAAAGGGCCUGGUGGUAUCAUGGUGUCCUCAGCUGGAGGUUUUAGCACACAGGGCGAUAGGAUGCUUCCUCACCCAUGCCGGUUGGAACUCCACUCUGGAGGCACUCAGCCUGGGAGUUCCAAUGGUGGUUGCCCCUCUAUGGCUUGAUCAACCCACCAACGCCAAGUUUGUUGAAGAUGUUUGCGGGGUAGGAUUAAGAGCUCGAGCGGACGACAAGGGGAUUGUGAGAAGAGAAGUCCUGGAGGAUUGCAUAGGGAAAGUGAUGGGAAGUGAUGGAUUAAAAGAGAUUAAAAACAAUGCCCUGAAAUGGAAGAAUUUGGCCAGGGAAGCAGUUGAUGAAGGUGGAAGUUCAGAUAAAUGCAUUGAUGAGUUUGUUGCCAAACUAACUGCUUGGUAACUUUCACACUGAAUUUUCCUAGUGAUUUCUACCACAAUAAAGAUCUUAGAAACAGCUUCGCUUGUCAUGUAAAAAUGAUUUUCAAUAUGUAUCCUUAUUUUCAAUUCUUCUCAACUUUGCAGCCCUGCCCAUGGACAUCAACUUUCUCGUACUUUCUGGGAAAAUUAUGGAUAUAAAUGUUUGGUUAUCAUCAGUAGCUAAAAA